AUGAUGCCGAUGAUAUUAACCGUGUUUUUGAGCAACAACGAGCAGAUUCUGACAGAAGUUCCCAUAACACCAGAAACAACAUGCCGAGAUGUCGUGGAGUUUUGCAAGGAGCCCGGAGAAGGCAGUUGCCACUUGGCUGAAGUGUGGAGGGGAAAUGAGCGCCCCAUACCCUUUGAGCAUAUGAUGUAUGAGCACCUUCAGAAGUGGGGGCCGCGGAGGGAAGAAGUGAAAUUUUUUCUUCGACAUGAGGACUCCCCAACCGAGAGCAGUGAACAAGGUGGCCGUCAGACCCAAGAGCAGAGAACCCAGAGGAAUGUACCUGGAGAAAAGCGUGCUGAGAAUGGGGUGGGGCAUCCACGCGUAGAGCUGACCCUCUCAGAGCUCCAAGACAUGGCAGCCAGGCAGCAGCAGCAAAUCGAAAACCAGCAGCAGAUGUUGGUCGCCAAGGAGCAGCGGUUACAUUUCCUGAAGCAGCAGGAGCGCCAUCAGCAGCAGUCUAUAUCUGAAAACGAAAAGCUUCAGAAACUGAAAGAACGAGUAGAAGCGCAGGAAAACAAGCUGAAGAAGAUCCGGGCCAUGAGGGGGCAGGUGGACUACAGCAAGAUUAUGAACGGCAAUCUGUCCGCUGAGAUAGAGAGGUUCAGCGCCAUGUUCCAGGAGAAGAAGCAAGAGGUGCAGACGGCCAUUCUGCGCGUCGACCAGCUCAGCCAGCAGCUGGAAGACCUCAAGAAGGGCAAGCUGAACGGGCUGCAGCCGUACACCGGCAAGCUGCCCGGCCCGGCCGCCGUGGAGCUAAAGAGGCUGUACCAAGAGCUGCAGAUUCGUAACCAGCUUAACCAGGAACAGAAUUCAAAGCUGCAGCAGCAGAAGGACCUCUUGAAUAAGCGCAACAUGGAAGUGGCCAUGAUGGACAAGCGUAUCGGCGAGCUGCGUGAGCGUCUGUACGGGAAGAAAAUCCAGCUGAGCCGAGUGAAUGGCGCGUCAUCGCCACAGUCACCCCUGAGCACGCCCGGCAGGGUGGCUGCCGUGGGGCCGUACAUCCAGGUCCCCAGCGCCGGCAGCUGCUCAGCCCCGGGGGACCCUGUGAAGCCCCAGUCUCUCACUGUCGCUGCAGGAGCUGCCCACGGAAGGCCCAAACCUGCCAAUGACGGGAACUGGCCAACGCUGAAACAAAACAUGAGCUCCGCGGUGAAGGCGGCGCAGAUGGCCAGUGCGGACUGGAAGGACCCAAGCAUGGAGGGGCCGCUCAGGCAGGGCCCCGUCUCCAGCCAGCCCGCGCCCUUGUCCGCGCUGGGAGCCCCGGAGAAGCAGGGCAUCGAGAGGGGUAAAAUGCCACCCCCCAUCCCUGGUGGCGGCAAGCAGCUGCCGCCGAGCUGUGGCGCACACCCGAGUCCUGCGCCCGCGGGCCCAGGGCCCACAGACUCCCUGGAGAGGAGGAAGGAGGGCAGCUUGCCCAGGCCCAGCGCAGGCCUGGCCGCUCGGCAGAAGCCCGGCCCUCUGCCCUCCGUGGGCAGCACCCACCCGCCAGGCUCCUCCCAGCAGAUCCAGCAGCGGAUUUCUGUGCCGCCGAGCCCCACGUACCCACCCGCAGGGCCGCCCGCGUUUCCCGCUGGAGACGGCAAGCCCGAGCUCCCACUGACUGUGGCCAUCAGGCCCUUCCUGGCAGAUAAAGGGUCCAGGCCACAGUCCCCCAGGAAAGGACCCCAGACAGUGAAUUCAAGUUCCAUAUACUCCGUGUACCUCCAGCAAGCCACGCCCCCCAAGAACUACCAGCCCGCAGCGCAUGGCACCUCCAAUAAGUCCGUCAAAGCAGUGUACGGCAAGCCCGUCCUGCCGUCGGGCUCCACGUCCCCGUCACCGCUGCCGUUCCUUCACGGGCCGCCGGCCGCCAGCACCUCGCAGCCCGCGCCCCCCGCAGAAAGCGCCGAGAAGGAGGCCGAGCAGGACAGCCCGGCCCCGCCCGGGGAGGCCACGGGCGCCAUGGAGAGCCUGCCGCGGCCGCUCAGCCCCACCAAGCUCACGCCCAUCGUGCACUCGCCACUGCGCUACCAGAGCGACGCGGACCUGGAGGCGCUGCGCAGGAAGCUGGCCAACGCGCCGCGGCCGCUCAAGAAGCGCAGCUCCAUCACGGAGCCCGAGGGCCCCGGCGGGCCCAACAUCCAGAAGCUGCUCUACCAGCGCUUCAACACCCUGGCCGGCGGCAUGGAGGGCGCCCCCUUCUGCCAGCCUGGCCCCUCGCAGGACCUCACGGGCACCCUGGCAGACGUGGACAAUGGGAACACCAACGCCAACGGGAACCUGGGGGAGGCCAGCCCGCAGCCCACGGCGCCGCUGCCUGCCGAGCCUGCCCCCGCCUCAGACGCCAACGACAACGAGCUCCCUUCCCCUGAGCCCGAGGGGCUCCUCGGUCUCCAGACGCCCCCUGCUGGGGUGCCCGCCGAGGACAACAACAAUAACGUGGCCACAGCCCUGUCCCCGGAGCAGGUCCCGAGCCCCGGGGCCGAGGCCCCCUCUCCAGGGCACGAGCAAGCGUCCCCGUCACACACCCCCGUCGCACCCCUGCUCGCAGCCUCUACGAGCAAACGGACCAACCUGAAGAAGCCCAACUCCGAGCGCACAGGCCGCGGGCUGCGUGUCCGCUUCAACCCCCUGGCGCUGCUCCUGGACGCGUCGCUGGAGGGAGAGUUCGACCUGGUGCAGAGGAUCAUCUACGAGGUGGAAGACCCCAGCAAGCCCAACGACGAAGGGAUCACCCCGCUGCACAACGCCGUCUGCGCCGGCCACCACCACAUCGUGCGGUUCCUGCUGGACUUUGGCGUCAACGUGAACGCCGCCGACAGCGAUGGCUGGACGCCGCUGCACUGCGCUGCCUCCUGCAACAGCGUGCACCUCUGCAAACAGCUGGUGGAGAGUGGCGCUGCCAUUUUUGCCUCGACCAUCAGCGACAUUGAAACUGCGGCAGACAAGUGCGAGGAGAUGGAGGAGGGCUACAUCCAGUGCUCCCAGUUUCUGUAUGGGGUGCAGGAGAAGCUGGGCGUGAUGAACAAGGGCAUGGUGUACGCGCUGUGGAGCUACGAGGCCCAGAACAGCGACGAGCUGUCCUUCCGCGAAGGCGACGCCAUCACCAUCCUGAGGCGCAAGGACGAGCACGAGACCGAGUGGUGGUGGGCCCGCCUGGGGGACCGGGAGGGCUACGUGCCCAGAAACCUGCUGGGGCUGUGUCCUCGGAUCAAGCCCCGGCAGCGAACGCUGGCCUGA